CCCACAAAGAAACAAAUCAUUUUUUAUUUUAUUUUUGAGAUUCCAAACAUAUCUCUCAAUCCUCUCUCCCUCUCACUCUCUCUUCAAGCGCUAACCCUAGUCUUCUGCACAUACUUGAUCGCCUGGCACCCGUUCGACCAGCUGAGAGUGACCAGCAGCAGCGAUCGGCGAUCGGCGGCAAUGGCAGCAAUCGGCGAGCAACAGCGGCGACUGAGUUACAGCGGCAGAGAGAAAGCAAAGGACAAGAAUAAAAAAUGCAUUGCAUGAGCUAGGUGGAAUUUUCAUCCAUCUGAAUCUUCAAUAAAGUUGUGUGAGGUUUGAGUAUAUCUUCGCCUGAAAUUUGAACCUAUUUGAUCUGAUUAAUUCCUGUCAUAUCAUCAGUUGUAAAUAUUCCAUCUAAAUACCGAAGAAGUUUGGUCGAUUUCAAGACUAUAUGUAUUUAUGCUACAUGAAUUCAGGUGCUAGGGGUGUCUGAUGCAGGCAUCUGUUCAAGUAUAUUUAUCUAAUUCUCAAGUUAAGGAUAUACUAAGACACCUAGAUUUCAUAUUUCUUAAAUCCUCUUUAUUUUUGAAGUGUAAAAUAAUAUUUACAUUAAAAUAACAUUUUAGUUAUGUGGUAGACUCGUUAUACACGCUUGGGUGGGUGUAUGCACAUUUAGGCAAUAUCAAACACAUAUCUCAGACUAUUACUUAACUGUGAAAGUGUCCGACGAAACUUGCCAAAAUAUUUUACAAAUUUGAAAGAGUCCAUAAAACUUAGUCCAUGAUUCUUGAAAAACACCACUGCUGAGGACAUGACAAUCCUAACUCAUCUGUUUGUAAUUGCCGGCCCCCUAAUUCCAGUGAUUACUUACAUCCAAUGGCUUAUUAUUUAACUCUUAGGGACAAUCAAAGUCAUUAUGGUACAAAUUAUCCUUGUGAAGUCCGCCAUUUGGCAAAAUAACAAAUUCCCCACCAUAAUAUGAACAUUGGGAUAUUCUCCUCCUUCCACAAUCACAAGCACUCUGAACAAAUAGUACUAGAACUCUCACUUCCUCAAAAUUGCAACAUAUUUGCUUACCUACCUGCAUCAAUCCUUUUCUCAUCAUCCAAAAUGAAUAGAAUCUCUAUCUGGGUAGCCUUGAUUUUGUUCUCUCUCCUCCACACAACGAAAUCCAACAUGGUAGAAAUCAGAAACUCAUUAAUGAUUUUUUACAGAAAACUCUCAAACAACAGUAGGCCAUCUGAUAGUAUUUUAGGUUGGAAUAUGACCUCUGAUCCUUGCAAGGAUUCAUGGUUUGGUGUAUAUUGUGAUGAGCAGGCUCUUUCUGUGAAGAAAAUCGACCUUGGUGGCUUAGGUUUUACCGGAACUUUCGAUGCUAGCACUAUUUGCAAUGUUCAAUCUAUUGCCACAUCUCUUACUAUUCUUGGUCUCAGUAACAACGGUCUUGGUGGGGGGAACCUUGAUCAGAUUGCAAGUUGCAGACAACUCACCCAUCUCAAUUUAGGUGGGAACAGGUUCUCAGGUAGCCUUCCCGAUUCUCUUUCCAUGCUAAAUAAUCUGAUUGGACUCGACAUAUGGCAGAAUAACUUCUCUGGUAAUUUGCCUGAUUUGGCUUGGAUAUCUGGUUUGCAAGAAUUUCGUGCUCAGCAUAAUCAGCUCACCGGUCCUAUACCAAAAUUUGAUUUUCAGAACUUCAUGUACUUCAAUAUUUCCUUCAACAAUUUCACCGGUCAUAUUCCAUUUGGCGGCAAGGGUUUACCUGUAAGCAGUUUCAUCAUGAACCCUGAAUUAUGUGGACCUCCACUGCCAAAACAAUGCCCAUCAGCAUCAUUAACCUCACCAGACUCCGAUCAACAGCCAAAGAAGAAAUCCAAGAAAAUCUCAACAGAUAUAGGUAUAAUGUUUGUAGGUUACUUACUCAUAGGGUUGGCUUUGUUCGUUAUAAUCGUUGUCAAGCUGUGUAAGAGAGGCAAGACAAAAGAAGAGAGGUCUGCUGAUUCAGUCAACAAGGUAGCAUCAGUUGAUGAUAGUUUCUACGAUCCAAGAACUGCAUCAGGUGAGAAUAAAGCAGGUAUGAACAAAUCAGGAAUUUCAGCUGAAAGUGGGAUGGUUUCAUCGUCGCUGGUAAUUCUCACGAGUCCAGAGGUGAACGGAUUGAAAUUCGAUGAUUUGCUCAAGGCUCCAGCUGAGUUGAUUGGGAGAGGAAGGCACGGUACUGUCUACAAGGUUGUUGGCGAGCAAGGGAUGCCUCUGGCUGUCAAGAGGAUUAGGGAUUGGAUGAUUUCGAGCAACGAGUUCAAGCAGAGGAUGCAGAGGUUGGGCCAAGUGAAGCAUCCAAAUGUAUUGUCAGCUGUUGCCUUCUAUUGUUCCCCAAAAGAGAAGCUUUUGGUAUAUCAAUAUCAAGAGAAUGGAAGUCUAUUCAGGCUUCUCCAUGGUAAUUUUUAUUCCCUCAUCAUCUUCAAGCAACUUUAAUCUUUGGCACAAGAAAGGCAUUAAUUUUGGUAACAUAUCUACACAUGCACAUGGGCAGGCUGUGUUUGAAUCUUACACUCAGUUUGUUUGGGCAAAAAAUGUUUUCCGUAAUUUAUGGCUUUUGGUAUGAAAGAAAACGUUUUUCAUGCUUAUGGCAAAAAUGCUAUUUAGGCGAAAAAUGCUUUUCACUUUUAAUAUGUGAAAAACGUUUUAUGAACUAAACUCUUAUCAGUGCCACCACACUUCCACU